AUGCAUCAAGACAAACGUUUCUGUGUAAAAUUCAUCGUUUUACAGUUCAGCACCAUUUUGGAGAGAAUGGGGGUGAACACAACCAGUAUCGUCAAUCAUGUAUCUGAGAAUAACUCCAGUAGCUCCAGUAGCUCCAGCAGCUCCAGUAGCUCCAGUAGCUCCAGUAGCUCUAGUAGCUCCAGUAGCUCCAGCGAGGAGAGUGAAGAGGAAAAAGAGGUCCGAAAUGCUCUGAAAAAAAUAAACCUCGCCAACCUAACCAUUCCGUCUCUGAAUCCUCCCAAAUUUGUUGCGAGUAACGAGAGUAUCAACAAUGGGAUCAACAACAACCGCGACAUCUAUUUAGAGAGAGUGGACGAACUCUUGAACCAAAGCAUCAGAAAUCUCGCCGACAUGUUGAGGAGCUUAGGGGUGGACCCAACCGAUAUCAUCAAUCGUGUAUCUAAGAUGGCGUUAGGUGAACUCGCCCAAUUGAUUUUCCGUCGAAAGGAUGCAGCACAAAAUAAAGAAGGAUCUUGA